AGGUCGGAAAAAAGCGGGAGGGGCAAAAUUCUCCUCGUGUUUUCAGUUGUGGCGAUUUCUGUAGUGCAGUGUGGAAAUAUGAUGAGAUGAUCUUUCGCUUGAAGCUGAUCGUUUGGAUUUUAUUUCUUAUCCAUUCGGAAGUCGGGGGUUUAGAUUGUGGUUAUCCGGGAUCUCCAGCCUUCGGGCGACCCUAUCCUCUGAAAGAACUGUAUAGACCAGGGGACGCCGUUACAUACUCCUGUUCUGUAGGAUACUCUCAGCAAGGUCCUCUACAAAGGGUUUGUCUUCGAAAUGGGACAUGGUCCCCAGGGCUGAUGCCCCUUUGCGAUCGCAGCUUGUCCACAGUGGAUCAACAAGCAUCUUCUCGACAAACUCUCAGUUUAUAUCCUGCCAACAAAUCAAUCGAUGGUGAUCCCAACACAUGUGCCUAUACAGACAAACUGAGACCACGAUGGAUUCGGCUGGACAUGAAAAUAAAUUACAGGGUCAAAGCUAUCGCUCUCACUGUACCACAAGGGAUCUACUCACAAGAUGCAGCUCAGAUGACUAUUUAUGCAAUCAGUGUGCGAGAUUCAACAACGGCAUCUUACCAUAAAUGCGCUUCUUUCAAUGGAAAAUUCGCGGCGACUACAUUAAAGCUUACUUGUGCUGGAGGGGACGUUGAAGGACGGUACAUCCAUGUUGAAGACAACAGACACCGUGUAGACUAUUUCAGCCUAUGCGAAAUCCAAGUGUACGUCAACAAAGGUAUCUAUGAAUGUGGUGAAGCUGAACGUCCAGCUCAUUCCUACUCUGUAAAAACCGAGACGGGCGCAGUUCUCUAUCGUUGCAUCUAUGGAUAUCGACUGGUGGGGCCCACCACCAGGGUCUGCAUGUCAAAUGGACAGUGGUCACUCUACCCUCCUACCUGCAUAGAAAUAAUCUGCCAUCCAUUAGAAGCUAUCGAACAUGGCCGUAUUUUGUACAUGGGCCGAAAGACGAAUUCUCUUACAUUGGGAACCAUUGCCAAUGCUACAUGUAAUUAUGGUUACAGAUUAUCUGGUAGUCCGCUGGUGUGCACUGAAGAUGGACGAUGGAGUGAAGGACAACUACUUUGCCUGCCCAUAGACUGCGGAGUUCCUUCCGUGAGUAGUGAGUCAGAGCAGUACAUUCUAUUAAAUGAAAGCACACAUUAUGGCAGCGUAGCGAUUCUGAAAUGUAGAGACUUGGAGGACACCAUUACCUGUCGAGAAGAUGGAACGUGGUCUUUACCGCAAAUAGAAUGUGAUGACCAAAGUGGUUUAUCGAAGCUUGGAUUGGUGAAUGAAGAACAAAACGACGUGCCAACGGGUAUUGUUAUUGGAAUGGCCAUUUUUGUGUUUUUGCUUUUAUUGCUAGUUAUUUUGAUUCUUUUGAUAAAAAGGCGCAAAGUUCUGAGGCAAAGCAGUGUGGAUUCUUUGCCAUCGAAAGAAACCAAUUCUUCUCUCACCCCUAACACACCGUUGCCUUACGACAAUGACGCCUUUUACGCCACCAUUCCAGUGGAUGAUGGCACGGAAGAGAAGCGGAACAUUAUGUCGACCAUCCUCUUCACCAAGAAAAAAUCAGACAGUAAAGAAUCAUCCGGAAGCUCAUCCAAUACUUGCAUCUAUGAAGAAAUCCAGACCAAACAUGAUGUUGCUCCACCCCACACUAUACCGGAAGAAGAUCAGAGUCAGCCUGUCUACGCUCAAGUCAACUUAGAAGAAAAGAAGCGUUCGCGACUUGUGAAAUCGCUGUGCGAUCGUUUUGAGCCAGUGGAUCCACCGUCGUGGGAGAACACUUAUCGCUCUGAAGUGCCGCCAUCUUUCGAUGAGGUGGACUUAGAACCCAUAAAACUACGUGAACUACCUCCUAUUCCCGACGACAGCAGCGAUGCAUCAUGUUCAACGCCCUCUUCUAGGACUGAAAUUCAUCAAGAAUCUUUAAAUCAUCGAAAAGAUAGUUUAGUAAUUUCUAAAGGAAAUGAAACUUACACGCCAACCGCUAAACAGUGAGUAGUAAACGAAUUCAAAAUCGCCAAAAGAAAAACUAGUGAGAAUGUCCUCUAGAACAAAUUUUUUCUACCUCUUUUUUUUAUUUUAAUUUUACUCUUGUGUUCUCAAAAAAAAAAAAAAAAAAAGUCNAACCAGUGGGGAAAUUUUUUGCAUGCAAUGUGUUACGUCACAAUGCUUUUUUGUGACAAAACAUAAAAAACGAAAAUCAUAACAGCAUACCAUCCUUUAUACCUGUGUACCCUUUCUAAAUUUUU